GGUAUUCCCAGAAACCAGGUGCCUUGGCUGGGAUCCCAAUCCUGAAUGGACCAGAUGAAGCCUUGGCUUGUGCCCUGCAUUGUGAUUGUGUGGCUGUUCCCUGCCUCAGUUGAUCAUUGUCUCAAUCCUCCUCCAGUCAACUAUAGCAUUCUUGUAGUAACAACUGCAGAGGAAAGGUUUCUGGUGACUUACAUCUGUAUCAGGGGCUACCACCUAGUAGGGAAGAAAGAGCUUUUCUGCAAUAAAACCUCCUUGGAGUGGGACUCCCCAGCACCCACCUGUCGCUUGGGUCACUGUCCUAACCCUGUGUUGGUUAAUGGUCAACUGAAUUCCUCAAAGCUGGAGCCUGUUUCUGAGGAGGAAGUGGUCACCUUUAAAUGUGAUACUGACUACAUCCUGAAGGGCAGUAAUUGGAGCCAGUGCCAGAAGGACCACACCUGGAUACCUCCCCUUCCCAUCUGUAUAACAGGACAAUGCAAAUCUCUCAAAAGGCCAAAGCAUGGUCAUUUUAAAGCAAGAGACUUCAAUUCAGGGUCAAACAUUACCUUCUACUGUGAUGUCGGGUACCAGUUAAUAGGGGCCCAGAGUCUGCAGUGCAUGGAUGGGAAAUGGAGUGAUGAACCCCCCAUUUGCGAAGAGAUCUCAGAAGCCACCACAGAGGCUCCAGUGGAAGCUGAGAAGGAGUCAGAAAGGAACAACAUUUGUGAAACUGUACAAAGGUUGAUGCGGUGUCAAAAAGAAAGAGGAAAGACAUUAGAGGAACUGAAAUACUCCUUGGAAAUCAAGAAACUCAAGCUGGAAGAAAUAAAAACUAUCAUGAGCACGGAAAUAAAGGCAGGAAGCUUUUGAAUAAACUUUCUUUUUGAUUCUGAAA